UUGAUAAAGUCACAUGACCGAAAGUAAAAUUUGUAGUAAGUAUAUAUAUUCGUUAUCACAGACUGUCUUUAGAAAGUUUCCACAAGUGGAGCCGCUGGCGUCGAGUGGGAGCAACAGGAUGUGGCCUCUCGUCUUUCUGCUCUGCUUCAUUCAAGGUUUUGGUGUUCAAGGGGUCAGAUGGGUGAUUUUAAUUGUUACAUCGGACAUACCAGACGCGGGAACAAACUCUGGUAUCUUUAUUACUCUCCAUGGAUCUCGCGGAUCUUCCUCAGAAAUAAAAUUAGGCAAUGCACUCAGCAACUUUGAGCGAAAUCGGAAGGAGGAAUUCUCUGUUACAACGGACGACAUUGGUGAAGUGUGCUCAGUGACAAUCAGGUCUGACGGUUAUCACUCUUCUCCUGACUGGCAUCUCCGAGAGAUUGUGGUUUGGGGAAGAACAAAUCACAUUUUUAAGUGCGACUGCUGGAUAUCAAAGGAAACUCAAUUACAGCGGGAAAUCCAAUCUGAAACCCAGUGCUCCAGGCAGAAGAAAUAAGUAUAUCCUAUUUACUUAUCCGAAUAUAUCAGA